AUGCGAAGUGGUUUUAUAUCAGCAGCAUUGCUCAAAUUUAAAAACUUUGUAUUCAAGCUCAACAAGAAGCCAGCCGAGACCAAGAAGAAGCCCGUCAAGAAAGCGGCUCCUAAAGCCAAGAAGCCCGCGGCUAAGAAACCCGCUGCUGCCAAGAAGCCCAAGAGCGCGGCGGCAAAGAAGCCCGCCGCCAAGAAAUCACCCAAGAAGGCCAAGAAACCCGCCGCUGCAGCCGCUAAGAAGGCGACGAAGAGCCCCAAGAAGGCAAAGAAGCCGGCAGCGCCCAAGAAAGCGGCCAAGAGCCCCAAAAAGACGAAGCCUGUCAAACCCAAGGCGGCUAAGCCUAAAGCUGCCAAGCCUAAAAAGGCAGCCCCCAAAAAGAAAUAA